CACUCGUUUAUUCACUGAAAUAUAACACGGAACUAGAAAACUGGUGGAGGGAGGGAGCGCUGGUGGAGGGAGGGGAGAGGAAGGGAGUGGAGGGUGCAGUGUCAGGAAGAGGAAGAGCGAGGGUGUAGCAGGGAAAGUACUGGUCUGUGCUGCGUGUGGGAAGUGACUUUAGUGGCGGCGUGAAGGCGAGGACACGAGUGAGGUGCUGGCAGGCUGACUGAGAACGUCAUUGUACGACAGAGUAGCCAGCUAAACAGCCGAGCCCUCAGCGUGCGCCUCCCGCCGGACAAGGGACCCUACAUCCAACACUACCUCAUUGAGAUCCACAACGAAGGCUCCUCCUACUCACUCCAAGCUUCUGAAAACCGCUUCGACACCCUUCCUUCGCUCAUCACCUAUUAUUCUCAGUGCUGCGAAGAGUUGCUGGCUCAGCUCAAGCUUCCUCGCACCAUCCAGGAGGCCAAGACCCGCCAUGAACUCGGCUCUCUCUCGCUGCUCGGACAAGGUGGUGCAUCACAGCGUCAGACUCACAGAGGAUGUGUAGCCGAGGCAAUGACACGUGGACGGCGCUGAUGGCGGCCAGAACCUCUUGGACGUCUUGGUCACACACGGCCAGGCUGAGCACCCCCAGGUCCCGCCACUCCUGCAGCAGCUGUGUGCCGGCACCACUUAAGUGACCCAUGAACCUCUCAAGAAACAGUUGGCCAAAAUAAUAAUGGCAGAAGUAAGACUAAGCUUUGAAGAAAGAACAUGUCAUAAAGUGUUACUGGAGGCACGAAAAUGUCAAAGAAGUGCAAAGACAAUUCAGAAGACACUUUGACAGGGAUCCACCAAGGUGACGCGCCAUUGCUCGCAUCACAGCUAACUUUGUACCAGAUGGAACUGUUCACGACCUUCAUAAGCAUGCCUGUGUGGUAGUAGUAGUAGUAGUAGUGGUAGUGGUAGAGGUAGUAUUCAUGAUUUCUCACUACUACUACUACUACUACUACAACUACUACUACUACUACUACUACUACUACUACUACUACUACUGUUGCUACUACUACUAUGUGAAUAUUAAUAUUAAUGCCUUAAGAAUUGUUGCAAAAACAGUUGCAGUAGUAGCAUUUAUAUUUGUAAUAGUAGUAGUAAUAGUAGUAAUAAUAGUAGUAGUAGUAAUUGUUGUUAUAUUGUUAUUAUGAUUGCUAUCAAUAAUAUCACACACACACAAUAGUAGUAGUAGUAGCAGUAAUAGUAGUAGUAAGAGUAGAAGCAAUAGUAAUUUUAAUAAUUUAGUAUAAUUUAAUUAUUUAAUUAAUUUUAUUUAUUUAUUUAUUUAUUUUAUUUUAUUUAUUUUAUUUAUUUUUUUGGUGGAUAUGAGUGUGUUCGUUGGUUGAACAAGUCCCUGUAUAUUAAAUAGACUUUUGUGUGUCGCUCAAGUACCGAACGGCCUGGAAACACUGAGCCAAAGGGACGCCGCUCAGCCUGCAGCCAGUGUGGCGGCGUAUCUUGUGUGGUGCGCGUGUGUAUCGCAUUGUGUUCCUCCUCAUAGACUUAGUGGUGGUCAAGAUAACCAGGAUUGGCCAAGCCCUCCCUGAAGUGUGCUACCAGUAGUGUACCAGAUUUGCAUCAACAACCACCACCACCACCACCACCACCACCAGCAUGGCAGUAAAAGCAGGAGUAGUGAAUGGUCACACGUAUGUGGUGACUUCUUGGACUAUCAGGCUGCCCUUGUAGUGUGUUGGACUAUCGGUCAACAAGGAGACCUGAAAGUUACGUGGUACAACUAUUUUGGUGAUAGUAGUGGCUGAGUUGCCGAUCCAAAGGCCUGGCUUAAGAGUGAUCCCGAGCUACCUGUACCAUCAAGAUCAAGAUCGAGCGUCCAUAUCAGAUGGUGAGUCUGCGUACAAAAUUGCAUCGGAGGGAUUGAUAGAGGCAGCCACAAUUAUCCAUCAUCAUCGGCGACACCAUGGCUCUUGAGAAGACAGACCUCGAUGACAGCGUGGUGAGCGAGGAGGGGGAGUCAACCAGCAGAGUAGGGGAGCAUGAUCCCUACUUUGAACCAGUGGUGACCUUGCUGGAGGUCUUCGUGGUUAGUGAUGAUGACCAGGAGGAGGAAAUGAUAAGACUGAGUUUCGAGGUCAGGCAGUACAAGCUGUUUCUUUAUCACACCUCUGAGUCGCCCCCACAGUGGAAGGAACGGGGCAUGGGGGCCAUUAACAUUCUGAGGAACGAGCAGAAGAAGGCUGUGGAGUUUGUUCAGCGGCAGAAUUAAUGCCAGUGGCUGAGUUCAGAUCCUCCAAGACACACACACACACAGCAGCCCCUCCACCUCCCCACAGCCCUCCACAGCCCCUGACACAGCUUCUAACACAGGCCCUUCACAGAACACCACAUACCUCACACAUACAUAAGAACAUAAGAAAUAAGGGAAGCUGCAAGAAGCGAUCAGGCUUACACGUGGCAGUCCCUGUAUGAAAUAUACCUACCUAUUUCCAUCUGUUAUCCCCAUCCAUAAACUUGUCUAAUCUUCUCUUAAAGCUCUCUAGUGUCCUAACACUAACUACAUGAUUACUGAGUCCGUUCCACUCAUCUACCACUCUAUUUGGGAACAAAUUUUUUCCUAUCCUUCCUAAACCUAAAUUUUUCAAGCUUGUACCCGUUAUUUCUUGUUCUCCCCUGGUUGCUGAUCCUAAGAAUUUUGCCUACAUCCCCCUUGUUAUAACCCUUAUACCACUCAAAGACUUCUAUCAGGUCCCCUCUUAACCUACAUAUCUCCAAAGAAUGUAAAUUUAACAGCUUCAACCUCGCCUCAUAAGGAAUACUCCUCAUCCCCUGUAUCCUUUUAGUCAUUCUCCUCUGUACUGAUUCUAAUAGACCUAUAUCUUUCCUGUAAUGUGGGGACCAGAACUGCACAGCGUAGUCUAGAUGAGGUCUGACCAGCACCAAGUAUAACUUUAAUAUUACUUCCGGCCUUCUACUUUUAACACUCCUAAAAAUCACACACACCACAGGAGCCUCACAAACAGUCUCACAGCCUUCACAAGCAGCCCCACACUCCACCACAGACACACCAGACCCACAGCCCUUCACCUCACCCACUUCCCAGCCCCCCACAGCCCCCCCAGCCACCACAAAUGAAGUCAAAGGAAGGGACUGUGGCUUCACCCAGCCAGCCAGGACAGCCUACAGAGAGGGGGGUAGUCCCAGUCAAGUAACAAAAUAUAGGCUUGGUUCUUCCUACAGUUUGAAGUCAAUGAUUGGACAGGCCAGACAGCUUAGUGGCAGAGCUGCAGGUGGCCCUCGUCAGCUUCCUGGUGGCACAGGUGUAGGACGGCUGGGAGCAGUGGAGGUGCCUGAUGGGGCAGCUGUACCGGGCAGAGGGGCUGCUGCUGCUGGGGGAGAGCCACACUUGUAUGCUAAGCUUCUCUCAGUCCUUCUCUAACAGCCCCACAGUUACUGACCUUGACUCAAACACCAUCAUGGCACUCUCUUCCCUGUUAAACUUGCCGGGAUCCAUUGUAAUGUAAGGGGUAUUGAAUGUGAGCGAUGAAACGAGAAGGUAGUGGCAAGGGGGAAAAAAGUACAGGGGAGCGCAGGAGAGACACCUCUCUCCACUGUGCCUGACAGUCUCUCAGUGAUUGAGAGACUGAGCAUAACAUCUUCAGGGCACGUGGUAACACGGAGAGGAAGUGGAAGAAACCUUGGGACGCUCCCAUAACUCAGGAGCAAGAAGUAAACCUUACUGGAAACCUUGUGACUGACAGGUGGCGGUGACUGCAGGAACCAAUUCAGAUGUCUGUCUUGUGUUGGCGAACGUCCUGUCUGCAGUCAGGCCAGUAGUGCCAUGUCGCAGGGCGUGACAUCAGGUGAAGAACCAAAUGGAGAGUGUCUGCAGCCAGUACUGGGUGUGCUGAUGCUGUACACAAGUGUCGAGCCAGGUGCCACAGCACAUGACUCCACCAGUGUAGUGUCUCUAGUCCAGGAUGCACUGCUGUGUACGACUUGUAUGUCUUUAUAAAUUUGUGACUAUUCUUAUUAUAUUUGUGAAAUAAGACUUGUAUGUCUUUGCUAAUAAAUAAAUAUGUGACUAUUCUUAUUAUAUAUGUGAAAUAAAUAUAUAGUUAGCUAACAGUGUGGUAUAAUAGUGUAAAAAUAAAUUUGAUAAUUCAUGCAUGCCCCAAAGGUAAAAAAAAAAAAAAAACAGGAUUGUGCUCUCUAAACUUUUAAGAUACUACUUGCACAUAGAAGCCCCGUCCCAGCGACUCCAGUGUCGG